AUGAUUAUCUCCUUUUUAUUGUACUGCAGUCGUACAAGCGAGCUUCUUGCCGUGGAGGACUUUCCCGUACAGGCGUUGGCGCUGGACCCUGACGUGGGGCCUGAUGCGGCAGCCCACUACUCCUCCCCAUUCUCCUCCUCCUCCCGCUUUCUGUUUUCCUCCUCCCCAUCCCCGCCAGUGGUUCGUCUUAACACCCCCCCCUAUCCCCCCAUCCCCGCGGCACCCUGCAUCCUCCGUUCACCUCCUCGGCCCCCUCCUCGCCCAAAGCGCCACGAUGUGGGCCCUACGGGGGGUGUGGGACUGUGGGCCGCCACCUCCGCCUCCCACAUCAACAUGUGGGUGGUGCCCCGGGGGCCGGCCCACGGGUCGGUCGGGGGAGCGGACAGCGGGAGAGCCUUCUCAGUGGCUCGACGCAGCAUGGGCGUCCACGCCAACAUGCGCAACCGAAUGUCGUUGGAGCAAAACCGACAACCGCUCGCCCGAAUCCCGGAGGCGACGAUCCCGGGCAUCCCCGCCCUGGUGGCGCACGAGGUGCUGUCGGACAAACGGCGGGUUUUGACACGCGACAUGGGGGGCCACGUAGGGCUGUGGGACGUGCUCCAGGGGACCCAGGUGGCAUCGUACGGCAAGGUGGAUUUUGGCGCCAAAAGUCAGGAGCUUUGGGAGCCGCGAUCCGUGCCUUCGUGGUUUACCGCCGACACUCGUCUCGGCUGUUUGUGUAUUUCUCUGGAACCCCCCUCGGCCUUCAUGGCGGAGGAGUACGGCGUGGCGCUGGAGCUGGGCUACGUGGCAGACGACUUCAAGUCGCCACCACCAGCACUGUCCAUGGUCCCACACCCUAGGGUCAAUUACGGCAAGCUCGUCUUGGACUGCGUCUUUGCCAAAUGGCGCUACAAGCUGCAAGCAGCUCAACACCAGAUCCCCAACCCCGCCGCCAACCCCACCUCCCCCAACGCGCCCAUCACCCCCACCUCUCCCGCCUCUAGCCCGGGGGCCGCAGCAGCAGCAGUAGCAUUGGCGGCACCAUCGGGAGGGGCAGCAGCAUUAGCUACAGCCCCAGGUGGCAGCAGCUGGAGGGGGAGGGGGAGGGGGGGUGGCGCAAGAGGGUGUUGGUGGUCAGCCGUACUACUUGGACUCGUGUCCAAGUUACUGGGGAUGCAGGGCGCUGCCGGCGGGGAGGCGUGUGCAGAGAUUGCUAGCAGAUACAACCAAGGUGACAGCAAGGGGGACAUCAUCGCCAUCUGUAUCAUCAGCUGCCGCAGGGCCUGGCACGCACUUCAACAGCACUGUAGUUUCUUCCACCCAUUUGACGGCUCCGAAGCUGAGCCUGCCGAAAUUCCCACAUGGGUGGCGGAUGUCGUACUGCGUAACGCCAACGUAACGCCCAAGGAGGCAAAAUGUGCGUUUGUACUGCUGCCGGCGGAGGGCUCCGACCUGCCUCCCCUGCAGCAAAGUAAGCUGAACGCCCCCCGCAUCCUGCAAGUCUAUAAGGUCGCGAACUACUGCAGCGGCAAACUGCAGGACAUGGAUUUGCCCCUGGUGGUGCGGCCCUUCUACCUCACGGGCGGCCCCCACCCCCCCGACCCCCACCACCUCCCCUUGGAGUCGCCACCACCCAAGAGCACCUCCACGGGAAAGGAGGGGGAGCCGCACGUGCUGGAACUUACGUGUAACGGAAUGGCGGUUCCGUACGAGAUGAGUUUGGCCUCUGUCAAGAAGUUCAUUUGGAAGAAGUCGGACGACCUGUUGUUCCACUACAGGACCUCAGCGCUGAUCCAACCACCAACCGACACCAACCACCCAGUUCUGCUCGCCGCUUUAGUGUCCUCCCACUUUCCUACUCACCCACGUAAAAAAAGCGAACGUGAACUAGAAAUUGUAGCAGUAGCAGCAGUAGCUAUUAGGUGUGGCAGUAGUGGCCUCUGGUGGGGUUUGAUGGUGUGGCAAGUCGCAAUUGGCGGCUUUGCAUCCGUGCUUGGUGGCAAUGGUAUUGGUGACCCCAGGUUUAAGGGUGGUGGUGACGAUGGUGGUGGCAGGUCUGCAGCCCUGUACACGGCGGGGUGCCAGCCUUUUGAGGAAAAUAUGGUUUUGGGAUAUGCCUGCCCUCCAAACUUCCCUUUUUUCAGAUCAAGCCCGAACCCAUCCCGUAACGUGCCAGCUAAUCCCCCUACCUCUCAACACCAACCCGCAAAAGAAAACAGUCUAGGCAAUAGAGCAGGAGUGCUAGCUACUCUUUACCACUAUGACCACCAGUGUAUCUCCGAGCAAUGCCCUGGCAUCAGCAAACCUGCGGAUGUCUUGUCUUACUCUUUGUAUUCCUUUUCCUCCCUCCGUUUCUCAAACAGCCGCGCCUCUCCCUCGCCUCUCGGUCACUAAGAACGGACGAGAAUAAAACAUCAUUAUCACACACACAAAUCUGGCUUCCAUGGCACCCCGUUUGGUUCCUCGGUCAGCCGGAUUCGCGUCACAUUCUUUCG